UGUAUCAAAGAGAAUACCAUAUAUAAGACAUCAAGGAUGGCCAUGCUUUAAGUAUCCAUCCUUCCAUCUGUCCAUCAGUUGGUUUCUCUGCUUCUUUUUGUCAGUGCUGCUUAGUUUUUUGUGCCCGAUCUCCAUCAUGCUGGUUCAAGCUCUGCUCCAGACCUCCCUGGUUCUCUGGUUGGCUCAGCAAACUCUGCAAGGCGGAGUAAGACCUCAAAGUGUAUCCUGGGGAAGAGUGCUGCCAGCCAGAGGUGUUGGUAUUGGAGUAAAACCUGGAGUUGCAGGUGCCCUUGGAGCACUGGGGAGCCGAUAUGGUACCAAAGCAAUGAAGACUGGAAUUGGUCGUUAUCCAGGGGCUCAGCUUGGGAUUGGAGGUCACAGAGCUCUUGGAUUAGGAGGUAGAGCAGGCCUGAGGCAAGGUGGAUAUGGAGGCCAGGGAGCCUAUGGUGCCGCUCUGGGCACAGGAAUGUUGGGGACUGGACUUACAAAUGGACUGGGACUCGGCCAGGGAGGGAAACAUGGUUAUGGUGUUGGCCUUGGCACUCUACCAGGAUAUGGGGCUUUAGCCGGCAUUGGCUAUCCUGGAGCCCGACCAGGAAUUGGACUUCGGUAUUCCACUGGACAAAAGGCUAACAAACAGACACCUGGUGUGUCUGCAGCAGAUUUGGGUGGACCACAGAUGGCCAAUGUGGGCCAAGCUGUUCAAGAUCUGAAGAGAGAAAAAAGCAGAGCACUUGGUCCCUCGUAUGGACACAGAAGUCUUGGACCUGAAAUGCCCAACAUCAGGAGAAGCAAUAUACUUACUGCUCCUGAAUUACAGGCAGAAACUGGCUUUAAACCUACUGUACUGCCACAUGGAAGAAAUUUCAAAAGCCUUGAUCCAGUAAUUAAAUCACUAAGUCUUGGACAUAUGACACCCCUUGAUCAAAAGAGUAAACGUCUUGGUCUGGCUGUUUCACAAGCACAAGGAGGAGAAAGUUAUGAGCCUACCGUCUUAGAAAGAAGAGGCGCAGAAAACCAUGGUGCUAGACUGGCUGCUGGAGGUGUAAGACAGCAACUGCCUCUUGAUAAAGACAACAUUAGAAGUCUGGCUUCUUCCUCUCAAGUACAGAGUGCAAGAGACUAUGAUUCAUCUAUCCAACAAAAUCAGCGAUCCCCAAACUGUGGAUCCACUCGUGAUUUGUCAGAUGUGUUAGGAAUCAAUCACCAUGAGCUUUUGGGUUCAGAAACACGGAGGACUCAAGGUUUAGUGCCCCUGGACCAUGUUGGUAAGGACCGCAAACAUCUUGUACGUGCAACUCCACAAGCACAAGGAGGGAGAACCAAUCAACAAACUCAAGAUGGCAGAAGCAAUAUAUUCUCUCAUCCACAAGUUCAGGAAACCAGAAGAUAUGGAUCUGUUGUAGAAAACAGGCAGGGUGUCAAAGACCCUGGGCUUGCGGCUAAAGAUAAAAAUGGGCCUGGAAUCCAUGGGACUGUAACUGUAGAGAAUCAUUAUGCACAAGGAGGGGGUAGCUAUGGACCAGUUAUCCCAGGUGCAAGUGAAACCCAGAGUUUAGGCAUCGCGUCAGUAGAAGGACAGGAAGCCCAAGGUUUUACUGGUGAUGGUCAGAAAGCAAAACAUCUUUCCCAUGCUGAUCGUGAGUCAAAAGCUCUCAGCAUCCCAGGACAGACUGGGAGGAAUACCCAGGCAACAAGAUAUAUGGGUGGAGCAGGAAACUAUCUGGGAGCAAGCCUGGGUGCGGGGGCCUAUGGAGCAGGUUUGGGACAGGGAGGAUACUUGGGUGGUGUAGCUGGCAAGCUUGGAGCUGCUGCUGCUCUUGGACAGGGUGGGUAUCCCCUAGGUGUUGCAGGGAAGUUACCUGGCUAUGGUGAGGGAGCUACAGGAUACCUGGGUGCCAUGGCAGGCAAUGGCUUUGGUUAUGGGAAUGGUUACAGCGAUGGUCACGGGGCUGGGCUUGGUUACCCUUCAGAGUUAGCUGAUGGUGCUGAAAACAAAGCAGGGAAGCAUCAAGCCCUCAGUACAGGAGGUUACGCUGGACAGGUCCAGGGGGCGUAUGGAGCACUUGGUGCAGGACUGGACUCAACUGGUGGCAAAUAUGGAGGAGGAGGAGCUGCUCAGGUUCCUUACGGUAAUGCUCCAGUGAUUCCUACUGGACUGGAGGGGGAUGGCCGCUACCCGUAUCCUGCUCAGCAGCUCAACCUUGGUGCUGAAGGCGCCAAAACCGCCAACAAAUAUGGAGCUGGAACGGGUUAUGGAGCUCAGCAAACAGGUUAUGGUGCCCAGCUGGGAGCAACUCAAGAUGCCUUGGGAGAGCAAGCUGGCAAAUAUGGCGGAGUAAACGGUGCCCUUGGAAAUGGAUACAAAGGUUAAUUAAAAUAACCUGGACUUCUUUAAGUGGAUCAUUUCCAUAAUGCGUUUUAAAGCUUUUUGUAUGUUUGAUCUUAGUGGGUCCUGUUGUGUUGUUUGUUUUGUCUUGUGCUUAAUUUUCUUAACCUCUGUGUCGUUCUCUGUAAGUUGACAUUUGUCUUGUUUGUCCAUAACCGGCAUUGCCCCACCAGUCUUAUUCUGUCAACACUGGAAAAAAGUGGUGGUGGUUGAUUUUCGUCAGUGUUUUAAAAUAAAUAUUAAAAUGAUGAAUUAACUGU